UUAUAUUCUACUUAGGGUUUCUUCCAAGUGUGCUAUUGGCGGUGCUUCCGUUGAUAUUAACAUUUUAACAUAUAUGGCUAGAUGGGAUCAAAUUCUUUCCCUUCCUGUUCAGAGCCCCCCGACUUUGGAGUUUUCUUCUGCUGAACUUGUGUGGUCUAAGGUUGAAGGCUGGCGCGAUAACAUAGACAGAGUUGCUCUCAUUCCAUUCGCUAGAGUAGAUGACUUUGUUAGGGGUGAAUCUGCUAAUAAAGAAUGUCCAACAAGAUUUCAUGUCGAAGCGCGGAGACGUCGACCUGCAGAGACGACUUACAAGCCUAAAGUUGAUGGCAUCCUUGAAUAUAUUCUGUACUGGUGCUCGUUUGGUCCUGAUGACCAUAGAAAAGGUGGAAUCGUUCGACCGAGUAGAACCACGUACGUUCCUAAGAAAAAACCUUCUGGUCGACCUAAUACAAAGAGGGGGUGCACCUGCCACUUUAUUGUCAAACGCUUAAUUGCUGAACCAUCUGUAGCACUAAUCAUCUAUAACCAAGAUAAGCACGUGGAUAAGAAAGGAUUACCGUGCCAUGGCCCCCAGGACAAAAAGUCUGCUGGAACACGUGCCAUGUAUGCUCCUUACAUCUCAGAGGAUCUUCGUCUCCGUGUUUUGUCCCUGCUCUAUGUUGGGGUGUCUGUGGAAACAAUCAUGCAGAGACACAAUGAAUCAGUGGAGAGACAAGGAGGUCCGUGCAAUCGAGAUGACCUUUUAACUCACAGGUACGUUCGGAGACAAGAGAGGAGCAUACGGCGCUCUACUUAUGAACUUGACACAGAUGAUGCAGUCAGCAUUAGUAUGUGGGUUGAAAGUCACCAGAAUCAAGUGUUCUUUUAUGAGAACUUCUCUGAUUCCGACCCUUUUGUUUUGGGCAUUCAAACAGAAUGGCAGUUGCAACAACUGAUUCGGUUUGGAAACAACGGCCUUCUGGCCUCUGAUUCGAAGUUUGGAACUAAUAAAUUACAGUAUCCUAUUCACAGUCUUGUUGUGUUCAACUCAGACAACAAGGCUAUACCGGUGGCAUGGAUAAUAACACCUAGAUUUGCAAGUGGGGAUACACUUAGAUGGAUGAGGGCCCUAUAUAACAGAGUUCAUAUGAAAGAUCCAAAGUGGAAGUUGUCUGGAUUCAUUGUGGAUGAUCCUUCAGCCGACGUCCUUGCAAUCAGGGAAGUGUUCCUGUGCUCUGUAUUGAUAUGCUUUUGGCGAUUUCGUCAUGCAUGGCAUAAGAACUUGAUUAAGAAAUGCUCAGAAUUGGAGACCCGUGCUGUAAUUGCAAAGAGGCUAGGCCAGGCAGUGCAGCGCAUCUGCAAAGGGGAUGGAACUGCUGAUUUGUUUGAAGAAUUUAUGGAAGAUUCUGUGGGUGCUGCAGAUUUUUUGGACUAUUUCAAGGCCAUAUGGUACCCGAGACUAGGGCUCUGGACUAAUGCACUGAGAACUCUUCCUCUUGCAAGCCAGGAGAUGUGCUCGUCAAUGGAGUACUAUCACAGCCAAUUAAAGCUUAGGUUAUUGAAUGAGAACGAAAAAAGUGUAUAUCAACGUGCUGAUUGGCUUGCAGAUAAGCUAGGCACUACAGUGCAUUCUUACUUCUGGCUUGAUGAGUACUCGGGGAAGGAUGAUUUUGCACGAUACUGGAAGGAUGAAUGGAUGAGUGGCUUAACAGCUUGGCAGAAAUCUUUGCAGAUUCCGGAUUCGGAUGUGUUAGUUGAGGGUGAUUAUUCAAAAGUUGUUGAUCAGGAAGAUCGACAUCAAGUGCAUGUUGUUCGGAAUCCAGCUUCCGAGUAUGCACUUUGUGACUGUAAUUGGGCGGAAAUGGGAAACUUAUGCGAGCAUAUUCUCAAAAGCAUUAAAUAUCUACGUGACAAAGGGUCUAUUACUCCAUCCAUCAGUAUGUUCCAAUAUAUGCAGGCUCUGGUCGAUAUGUUACACUGCCCGCCUCAUGAUUCUUUGAUUCGUGAUCAUGCACUUUCUCUAGCUGUCUGGGUGCAGACGCAGUUGAAUGCUCAACUUGGUCCUGGAAGUGGCCAGUCGAAGCGACAAGCUCUUCAGCUCACUACUGCCACACCUGGUGUGGUGAAAGCAAGCAAUAGAACACACACAUUAGUCAAUGUAGUAGAUGAUCUGGCUGAGCUCCAGCAUACGAGUUCUACCACAGGUAAUUUGAGUGGUGGCCAGAUUGAUCGGGUAGCCACUGAAAAUGGCACUAGCACAGAUAUAGGUUGUGCUGUGGAACAUCCUUCUGUUGAGAUGCAAACCAGUCCAUUAUCCGUCUCUGCUUGUGCGACUCAAUUGUUUUCUCUUGAUGGGAUCACAUCAGCCAAUAUGUUUGCUGAGAACGGAGAUGUCAUGAUUGGUGAGGAAUUGGAUACGGCGAAGAAUAUUCCUUCUACAGACGCAUCAUUGCAAAUUUAGACGGUUUUCAAGAUGAAAGUCUUACACAAAGCUAAGUGUGCAACAAUGGUGGACGAGCAGCCACAGCUUCUGUGUAGCUCCAGCUGAGUCUUCUCUAGAUCAAUGCUUGAAUAACCAGCAGAAUGAUGUAUGUCGGAACUCCAUGGAGCCAGACAUUAUCCUGGAUUACUGAAUGUUGAUAACAGAAUAGACAAUGCAUUUUCAUCCAUAACCAAGGCAGUAUAAUCGUGUAUGGUAAAUAGGCUGAAGCCUCUGAAGUCAAAAAGCUUGUGAGAUGAGGCGCUGUUGAUGAAAAUGUUGGCAUCACUAGUGGCCUAAUGGCUUAAAGAUAAGAUAUCAAAUGUUCGUCCUGGGAUCUUUAGGCUCCCCGAUUCACAUCAAAGUCGGUUGAUCCAGAGCUGGUGGAAGAACUGAAGCCUCUGAAUGAAUUGAAGACAAUGGGAAAAACGAGUUUUGACGAAAGAAGACUUGAGCAAGAACAAUGACCAGAAUUCUGCCAGGAGAGUCCUGUUAGAAGAAGGUAUAACUACUGUGUGGCUUAUCUUCUCAAGAACAGUAGAGCAGCUGACCAUGUGACAGAUUUGUGUCCACAUUUUACCUGGGAAGACUCCACCCAAUAACAACCUUUUGUGGAGCUUGGGACUAAUUGAGCAUCUUAUGAUUAAGAGAUUUGCUUUCUUAGAUCAUAAUAGCUUAAUUUUGCAAAAAGUGAUUUAACCAGUAAAGUGACUGUUUGAGGCUGCUGCUCGUGAUCUAUUGCUUGUAGGGUUGGUUGUUACAAAGUUUGUUUGAGGCUGCUACUUGUGAUCUAUUGCUUAUGGGAUCGGUUAUGACAUACGAAUAUAAAGUGCUUGUGCUGUUCAUGGUGCCUACUCGCCUAGCUGUGCCAUUAUUAUCGCACAUGCUCUCUUCACCACCCUGGAUAUCCAGAUGAAAGCAACAAAAUGUGAGAAUUAUUUUCAUUCUUCGAUUAUGUAUGUAUAUUUGCAUGGAAUAUAUCUUAGAAGUUGCUCGUAAGCCUCAAUACACAUUCAUGUAUAUCGUAGUUUCGUUCUGAUACAUAAAGCUUAUAGACUAGCCUCUGCUUGUCAUCUAGACGAGCUCAUGGUAGCGACCAUGUAUAGAAGUUGUCUGUGUGAUGAUUUAUCUGUUUCUUCCCUUCUACUGA